AUGGAAAACAAGCAAAUUUCCAAUCUCAUCGGGAGACAAGACACUCCCUUGAAUACCCGUCCAGCAUCACCAUACACUUUAAAUCCUCCUGUGGACGCCGAUGGCCUUUCUUGGCCCACUCUAGGAUCUAGAAUACGGUCUGAAGAAACGCCAGAAGAAGAGCAGCAAAGAACUGACCGCAUUGCAGAUGCUAUGAAAAUUAUCCUGGCGGAGCUGGGUGAAGAUGUAACUAGAGAAGGUCUUCUGGAUACACCUCAGCGGUACGCUAAGGCCAUGAUGUACUUCACCAAGGGCUACCAACACAAUAUUGUCAACGACGUGAUCAAAAACGCAGUUUUCGAGGAAGACCACGACGAAAUGGUCAUCGUAAGAGACAUAGAGAUUUACUCGUUGUGUGAACACCACUUGGUGCCAUUCUUUGGUAAAGUUCACAUCGGCUAUAUUCCAAACAAAAAGGUGUUAGGUCUCAGCAAGCUGGCUCGUUUGGCCGAAAUGUAUGCUCGGAGACUUCAGGUCCAGGAGCGUCUGACAAAACAAAUCGCUAUGGCUUUGAGUGAAAUUUUGAAGCCAAGGGGUGUUGCAGUAGUCAUUGAGGCUACACACAUGUGCAUGGUUUCUAGAGGCAUUCAAAAGACUGGAUCUUCAACAGUAACUUCAUGUAUGCUGGGAUGUUUUAGAGGAGCUCAUAAGACGCGGGAAGAGUUCCUUAAUUUGUUAAGCAGAAGAAGCAUAUAA